CUGGACAUGCCCUAUUGUAGCUGUCUGUGGCGCCCUCGAUGUCGACACCGUGAGUCCCCCGCCGUCGCUGCCGCCCACCCUGUCAUCAGGGUGAAAUGACAAUUUACGGCUAUGCAGGCGGACCACGCUCGGGACCUCCUAGAACUACUUAUCGCACAGUCUGAGGUGGCUGCUCCGAACGAGUUGUUCGGCGCUCUCCCCGUGAUCCUGGGCCGUUGUACGGUUGCAAAACGACAUUCUAAGCUGAGCUUUUUUGAUGCUGCCUAUAAUGCACAUCGACUCGUCUUCUACACGAGACCCGACCUCCGUCGCAUGCAGAUCUACACCCUCCACGCUCAGCUGCAGCUAUUCAAACUCUCAGCCAGCCUUUCGCCGCGGCAAGGAUCCCCUUGCAAGACAUGUCCAGGUGCCUUAUUCUGUUUGGACCCAACUCACUUAUCCAUUCCGUCGACAUUGAUCCAGAGACCCGAGACUAUUCACCAGCUUAACUACGGGCAAUUACUCACCCGAAGUCCGCGUUGUGCUAACGGUCCGCGGCAUAUCCUACUGCCAUCAGCCCACCUUCGUCGAUUUUGGGAACUGGCAUCAAUGGUUGUAUCGACAUGUGGCAAAUAUCAACCACCAUGUAUCCUCUCAGUGGUUUGGCAUUGUUCAGUCCUCCUCAGCCAAGUAUCAACGCGUUUUCUACAGGUCAUAUCGCUGCCCGCGGACUACCCCCAGCUGACGCCCGUUAUCACAACCGCUUUGAUUUCACAAUACGUUAUGUUUUACAACUGCAUCUGGCUCAUACUCAACGAUAUCAUCAUUGGCUGGGCCCUUGGCACCAUUAUAUGCGAGCACGCCACAUCGAUUGCUAGUGUGCUCGAAGAGCGAAUAAGGACACUCCUAAUCGGCGAUCUUCAAUGGGCGCUGCUGUGGUUGAAUAACUGGCCUGCAGGAUUGAAACUCAAUGGUGAACUCAGCCAGUUUUAUUGUCACCUCCUUCUUGCUGCAGUCACAGGGUGGAAUAGGCUACUCCAGACACUCCUCCUGCCGUACCUUCCACAGCUCAUAUACUUUGCCGGGGCAGUCGGUAGCUGUGGCAUCACCCUCACGGUCUCAAUCUGCUCUGAUCUUCUCGUUUUAACAACUGCACAUGUACAUCUAUGCUACCACAUCUCACGCUUUGUUUACCAACAGCAACUCAAUAUUGUGAGCUCGCUUUGGAACCUCUCUCGCGGGAAGCGGUACAACGUCCUACGCCACCGCGUCGAUUCGUGGAGCUAUGACCUAGACCAGCUGCUCUUCGGAACUAUCCUGUUCACAUUGACUGCAUUCAUUUCCCCUACGACCUUCACAUACUAUGCUUUAUUCGCGACGUUACAACUGGUGACCUCCCUGAUCCUUGCUCUACUCAACGCUGUGCUCGUGCUGGUGAACCAGUUCCCACUCUUUGCUCUACUUCUGCGGAUCAAGGACCCGCAAAGGCUACCUGGUGGUAUUGUACUCACGCUGGGCGAGGAUGGCUCGUCGCUGCGCAUAGAGGUUCGUCUACAUCUAUUUGUUCAUCAUUUCUGAAGUUCCCUACGGAGAGGGACAGAAUCAGACAUUACCUAUAUCAACAAUAUUCGUCCAUUACCAGACCUUCUGGUCCUCA